CUCCUCGUCCCGCCAUGGCUCACCUCUUCAACUUCAUUGCGCUCUUCAGGUGUUAGUUUGACAUACAUGAUUUAUCUUGUGUUGCAGCGCUACUCGACGCCAUGUUUACCACCAGCGGGUCCCGGGGUUUGUACAAGGCUCCUUUGUCCAAAGGCCUCCUGCUGGUGCUUAGCGGGCUCACAGUCAUGCUCAGCCUUCUUCCACAACACCAACACAUGUUUGAGUACAACCUGCAUGCUGUCAGCCAACAGCAGCAAGUGUGGAGGUUGUUGUGUGGCAGGCUGGCGUGUCUGGAUGUGAAGGAUUCCUUCUGCAGCGGCCUUUUAAUCUACAACUUCAGAAUCUUUGAGAGGAGGUUUGGCUCCAGGAAGUUUGCUUCCUUCCUGUUGGGCACCUGGUGUCUCUCUGCACUGCUGGACUUCCUGUUGGCCCAAGCUGUCUUCUUCCUCUUUGACUACGAGGUGGAGGAUCUCCCUGCAGGACCGCUGGCCCCAGUCUUCUCCCUCUUUGUGCCUUUCUACUUGUCCAUCCCCAAGGUGGUGGUCACACAGGUGCUGGGUCACAUCAGCAUCACCAACAAGACUCUGGUCUACAUAGUCGGGCUGCAGCUGCUGACGUCCAGCCCCUUCAUGUGGAUCCUGGCGCUCAGCGGACUGGUGUCGGGUGCUUUGUACCACUCCAACCUUCUCUGGGUGCAGAAGCUUCUCUUCGUGCCCGCCUGGCUGGGUUUUGUCGCACGCUACCUCCUGGAGCCCGUCUUCUCCAGCUCGCAGCCGACUAAUGAGGCUCCACUGGGGAUGGGCGCCACUCUGGAGGUCCAGAGGCAGCAGAGGAUGGACCAACUGGAUCAACAGCUGCUGCUGGCCCAGUUCAACGAGGCCCGGGUGAACACCAGACACACACCACAGGCCAGUUUGCUGCAGUGGACCCGGUUGUUUCCCAGACUGAGGCGAAGAGGAGCCAACAGGCCCCCCGCAGAGCCUGGCCCACAGAUCCAGACGCAGCCCUCCGCCCAGGCGCCGCCAUUAGACAACUCGGUGGCAGAAGAGCAAGUUGCAAUGCUGGUAGAAAUGGGCUUCUCCAGGACGGACGCCCUGGAGGCCCUCAGAGCGUCCAACAACGACAUCAACAUGGCCACCAACUUCCUCCUGCAACACUGACAGACAACCUUGCUGUGAGAGCAGGAAUAGACGUAAAGCAGGAGAGGCGUGGCUAAGGCCAACAUUUCCUGUACAGGUAAUGUGCGAGGCGGCGUGCGGGCAGGUGGCGCCCCAAGACGGAGCAGUUGUGACCCACCAGGAGGUUUGAGAGCACAAAGUGGGACACUGUGGGGGAGGGAGAGAGGGGGGCAGCUAUUCAGACUACAAGACUCGUGUUACGGCUUUCAAAAAACUCUUCUCAUUACUACUUUCCACUAACCAUACCUGUCUUAAUCAUAUGCAAAACCUCCCACAACAGAUAUAUUUGUAUACAGUAUGCACUUCACACUGCAUUUCAAAUGGCAUUGGUUACAUUUAAAUAGUCCAAACUCUUUUCUUUCUUCAAAGUAUGAAGCACAUGACCUUUUAUUACCUUCGUUCUUGUAGAAGUCUUCAUUGGUUCCAUGUUUUGUUUUGUUUUUGUCAAAAAGUGUGACUAAUACAACAUUAGGUGCACCCGCGCAGUGGAAAUACCAAUUAUAACUGUCUAUUGACCUAACCCGCAAUGGAUGUGUACUACCGUAUUUUCCGCACUAUAAGGCGCACCUAAAAACCUCAAAUUUUCUCAAAAGCUGACAGUGCGCCUUAUAAUCCAGUGCGCCUUAUACACUGCAAAAAGUCAAUGUUCAAAAACAAGGGAAAAAAAUACAAAAAUGAGGGGUAUUUUAUUUGAACUAAGCAAAAUUAUCUGCCAAUAGAACAAGAAAACGUGGCUUGUCAAGACUUUCCAAAACAAGUCAAAUUAGCUAACCCCAAUGAACCCAAAAAUACCUUAAAAUAAGUAUGUUCUCACUAAUAACAAGUGCACUUUUCUUGGUAGAAAAAAAAAUUAGACCUUUUUGCUCAACAUGUUGAAAAAUAUUCUUAAAUUAAGUAAAUGCU